AUGUUCCUCGAUCCGGACCUGGGAGGGAGUAUGGAAGGGAGGGAGCAAAGCACCACGCCACCCUACCGCCUCUGCAUCCACGAGCGGGACUUCACGCCGGGCCGCUGGAUCAUCGACAACAUCAUCGAGAGCAUCGAGGCCAGCGCCAAGGUCAUCUUUGUCCUCUCCCGCAGCUUCGUCGACAGCGAGUGGUGCAACUACGAGCUGUACUUCGCCCACCAGCGGGCCGUGGGGCUGGGCUCCGAGGACGUCAUCCUGGUGGUGAAGGAGCCCAUCGAUGCCCGCGGUUUGCCCAGGAAGUUUUCCCGGCUCCGGAAGAUGCUGGGCUCCAAGACGUACCUGGAGUGGCCUCCCGAGCCCAGCCGCCAGCCCUUCUUCUGGCUGCAGCUCCGCAACCUGCUGGGCAGUCCCAGGGAUGGCGAGGCAGAGACGGCCGUGAAUGCCACCACCAUGGACACCACCACCGUAGACACCACCACUGUAGACACCACCACAACGGAGAGCAUCACCAUGGACACCACCACCAUAGACACCACUACCAUGGAAAACAUCACCAUGGACCCCACCACGGACACAACCACCAUGGAGAGUCCUGCCACGUAGCUCUGGCCCCGAGUUUUCCCCCCGACCAGAGGCACCUCCGUCCCCUCCAGGAUGGGGUGGGAGGCUCGGUUCCAGCCUGCUGCCUUGCUUUCCCUAGGCAGCGGGAACCCGCUGCUCAGGCUGCUCCAUGUGCCAAAUUGGGGCGUUAUUGCAAUUCUUGCCCAUUUUGCCUGACAUGAGCCCCCAAAGGACCUCGGGCGCGGGGCAGCCUCCACCGUACAGCACGUUUCUGCCUUUUCUAUUUAAAA